AUGUCUCGUCAACAAUUGAAAAAGUUCUUUUCAGAGGAAAAACAUUACUACUGGGAAGAGCCAAUUCUUUACAAGCACUGCGCCGAUCAGAUAAUAAGGACAUGUGUGCCUGAAGAAGAGAUUGGCACAAGAACUGCUGCGAAGGUUCUUCAAAGUGGAUUCUUUUGGCCGACUCUUUUCAAAGAUGCUAAUGACUUUGUGAAGGCAUGCGAUCGUUGUCAGAGAACAAGGAACAAUUCUAGAAGAAACGAAAUGCCUUUGACAGCUACUGCAACUCCAGCUAAUGUUGGUAAAACAGUCUUGUCUUUCUUUCAGAAAUACAUAUUCACUCGUUUUGGAACUCCCCGAGCAAUCAUUAGUGAUGAAGGGAGUCAAUUUUACAAUAAACAGUUUGAAGUUCUGCUAUCCAGAUAUGGUGUUCGCCAUAGGACUGUUCUACCUUACCACCCACAGAGUAAUGGCCAAGCUAAAAUUUUUAACCGGGAGAUCAAGAUGAUAUUUGAGAAAACAAUGCAGAGAUCAAGGAAAGAUUGGUCAUGA